AUGGCUGGAAAGGCCCCUCACGGGAUCCAGGUGACCCUGAGGCCCCGGGGGCCCCCCGGGCUUAUCCUCGUGUGCCUUUUUGCUGCAGCUGCUGCUGCUGCCUCUCUUUGCCUGUCUCUCCCAAGGCCCCCAGAGGCUGCCGGCUGGCUCUGCUUCGCAGCCAGCCCCCAGGGGCCCCUGAAGGGGCCCCCCAGAGGCCCGCUCGGGGGCCCCUGGGGGGGCCCCCUCAAGGGACUUUUCCUGGUGCCCCCUCCUCGUCUCUUCACCUUCUGCGCUGCCUCCUGCGGGGGCUUGAGAGAGGAGAAGGGGCCCCCGGGGCCCAGGGGGGCCCAGGGGGCCCCAGGGGCCCCAGGGGCCCCGGCCCCACGGGCCCCAGGGGCCCCCGGGGCCCCGGGGCCCCCGAAAGGUGGUGGGGGCAAAGAGUUGAGCCUGAGGGACUUGGGGUCUAACAAAUGGCUGGCGCAGCAGCUGCACGAGUACGUGCAGGCCAAGGAGGCUGCAGAGAGGCGGGUGAGCAGCAGCAGCAGCAGCAGCAGCAGCAGCAGAGAGGGGGAGAAGGGGCGGAGAGACAAAAAAAAGAGAAAAAGGAAUUGA